GUUAAGUAAAGAGGGGACGGAUGCGAAUUUGAGAUAUUGCCAUGGAAAGAUUUAAAAAUUUUUUGACGUACACAUGACAGUUGUAUUUAAGUAAAUACGAAUUAAAAUCGUAGAGAAAGUUGUACGCGGUUUAACGUUGGAAGAGGCGUGGUUAUAUUGCAUUUGUACUUAAAGUGCUGCAUUCUACACGCGUACUUUGUCAACAGUUUGGGAACUUUUAUCGGCGAGAGGGGAACUAGGCGAGCAACUACGGGCGAAGCAACGGAAUUAUUACAGUGCGCCACCGCCAUUUUGGUGUACAAAAGUGGGGAUAUAGUAAAGCACAGGAGACAAGAUUUUAUUGUAGUGGCCUAAUAUUACUAAAUUUAAUAAACCAGUGGUGAUUUAUAUGGAUUACUAAACGUUUUUGUGCUUUAUGAAUAUAAAAGAGUGCUCGUGUUUGUGUGUUUUUGGAAUAAGAAAGCUCGCCAGACUUGGAACAUAGCAGCGUGGCGGCCACCGCUUCUCUUUGUUUCUGUCACAGUUUAGUUUUAAGGAGGUCGUCUUCAUGAAUGAAAAUGGAGGUGACUUGGAGACGCGCAGCGUAACGUGAGUGGUACAGGUUGGCGGUCCGGUAGCACCGUCGCAGGCAGGAGGGUGACCCACCGGCCCCCCCCUCGAAAGGACAGCGUGCAACACACGAGUGUGAGAGACUCCCCCGCACCGCAGCUGAGAGGCACUUAGGCGCCGCUCUUGGCUCACCUGUCGUGCGUGCAUCGGCCACGGCGACGACGACGACGACGACUCCUCCAUUGAGUGAGAGUGUGCGACAAGCGCGACACAGAGAGAGAGAGAAAGGGAGGGCGAAAGAGCCAGGUUCACUUGGUUUUUCGGUUGUUUUUUUUUCGUUUUUGUUUUUGCGGUGAGGUGGUGAGAGGUGUGCGCGCGGUGGCGGCGUCCCAGUGCAUCGGGUUUAUGUGCGGCUAGUGUGCGACAGUACCCCCUCCCCCCCCUAAAAAAAUAAAAUAUCUCAUAAUCGAAGUGUGAUCUUCAAAUGGACAAGAAAAAAAUGAUGACGAAAAGGCCUAGGUUUGAUACUCGCGGACCAAUCUCGAAUGGACCGAUGCAGACGCGACCUCUGGUCGCUCUGCUCGACGGCCGCGAUUGCUCGAUUGAGAUGCCGAUACUGAAGGACGUCGCGACGGUGGCGUUCUGUGACGCCCAGAGCACCAGUGAGAUCCACGAGAAAGUGCUGAACGAGGCAGUUGGUGCCCUCAUGUGGCACACCAUUAUCCUCACCAAGGAGGAUCUGGAGAAAUUCAAGACGCUAAGGAUCAUCGUGCGUAUUGGCAGCGGUGUCGACAACAUCGACGUCAAGGCCGCCGGUGAGCUGGGCAUCGCCGUAUGCAACGUGCCCGGCUACGGUGUGGAGGAGGUGGCCGACACCACCCUGUGCCUCAUACUCAAUUUGUACAGGCGGACUUAUUGGCUGGCCAACAUGGUCAGGGAAGGAAAAAAAUUCACAGGACCUGAACAGGUGCGAGAGGCGGCGCAAGGCUGCGCCCGGAUACGCGGCGACACGUUGGGUAUCGUAGGUCUCGGCCGGAUCGGGAGCGCGGUGGCGCUAAGGGCAAAGGCGUUCGGCUUCAACGUAAUAUUCUACGACCCGUACCUGCCCGACGGCAUCGAGAAAUCACUCGGUCUGAACAGGGUGUACACACUGCAGGACCUGCUGUUCCAGUCCGACUGCGUGUCGUUGCACUGCACCCUCAACGAGCACAACCACCACCUGAUCAACGACUUCACCAUCAAACAGAUGCGGCCCGGCGCCUUCCUGGUCAACACAGCGAGAGGCGGUCUGAUUGACGACGAGGCCCUGGCCCAGGCCCUGAAGCAGGGACGCAUCCGCGCGUCCGCCCUAGACGUGCACGAGAACGAACCGUACAACGUGUUCACGGGGCCGUUGAAGGACGCGCCGAACCUACUGUGCACGCCGCACGCUGCCUUCUACAGCGACGCCUCCGCCACGGAGUUGCGUGAGAUGGCGGCCAGCGAGAUACGUCGCGCCAUCAUGGGCCGGAUACCGGAGUGCCUGCGCAAUUGCGUCAACAAAGAGUACUUCAUGGGACCGGGCUCGUAUCCCGAAGUGUCCCCAGCCGGAGUGAACGGCGGUUACUAUGCGGGCGGCGGCGCCCUCCCCGUCCAGCAGGCACACUCGACGACGCCCCACGAGGCGCCGCAUACGGUUACACCGAGCGCGGCCAACGCGCCGCCAACGCCACAACCCGCCCCACCUGUCGGUCCGGUGCCAGUGCCCACGCACGCCCUACCGAUAAGUACCCCAGAUCCGGCAAAUCACCACGCAACAAAGCCAGAGCCGUCGGAGGUGCACUAACGACGUCCCCGGCCGUCGAUUCUCUAAACAACAUGUUUCCUCUUGGGCUGAAAAAAAAACUUGCUGCGAAUGUGUGAAUAUAUAUUGAUGCAUGAUGUCGGUCGGUUUAACAUUUUUAAAUGUUUAUGUUUUGUUCAACUGUUUAAGGUAUACAUAUCGUAAGACAAAAAAAGUUAAAAAUCGGAACAGUUACAUCACAAACUCUCAUCAAAAAAGUAAAUGAAACAAUAAACAUAACAAAACAAGUAUAAUAAUUCCCCUCCAAAGUCGCGCUCAAUUCGCUGUCUUGCAGCGUUACUUUUAAUCAAUGAUUAAUCAUUUUUUUUUAAUUUGUGGGGCGCUCAGGCGUUCCAUUUUUAAAUUUGUCCUGUGUUGCAGUUUUUUUUAUGUGAUUAUAUAUUAUUGACGGACAGCGAAAUGAGUCGAAGCUGUGUAAACGCAAUCGAAUAUACUGAAACAAUUUCUACUCCUGUUUUCCUUCAUAUUCACGAUUGAAUUUGUAUAAUAGUAUAUUCAUUCAAGCUUUUCUUUUCUCGUAUAUUGGACCGGACGUUUGUACGCCACAGGCUGUUAUAUUAAUGAUUAUUAAUAAUUUGGUGUAAAAAGUCUUAAGUAAGAUGUCAGGUGUGGCGUGCACUCGCACGUGGCAAUAUCCAUGUGGCACUUGGAACACACAUGAAAAAUUCGAGAGUUUUAAAAACAAAAAAGUGAAAUGUUGUAUAAAAUGUAGGAAAAGAUUUUACAUUGUAUUUUUUUUUAAGUAGUUUUGUUUUUUGAUGUUUUUUUUUAUAAUUUGUGGAUUUUGUACAGUACAAAAAACAUUUGUAUAUAUUUGUUUUUAAAGGUCUUGAACAUUUUUUUGAAGAAAUCAAACUAGUGCCGAUCCAUUAUUAGUAUAAUAGGUUAAAAUAUCAAAAUUUCGAUCCAUUAACGUAACUAUAGUUUUUCAUGUAAAAUUUUUAGUUUAAUAUUAGUGAUCCAAUAAAUUUGUUAUUUUUUUUUUUCGAUCCAUCUGAAUACACUGCGGUAUUUUUUACAUAAACAUACUUGCGCUAUACUGUGAAUAAAAGAAAUUUUAUAUUAAGAUUUUUCCUUUUUACUAUGUGUAUAAAAAUAAACGUUUAUUUAAAAAAUGCUGCCCAGAGUGUAUGAGUCGAGUGGAUAGCCCAAACAUUUUAUGUUAAAAUUUUAGGAAAAUAAACUACUAUUAUAUAUAUAUAAAAGUAUAUAUUGACGAGACUUUUGUUUAAUAAAGCAACCAGUGAAAGGUUUUGAAGUGGACUUAAAAGGACUACUAAAAAGGUGAACUGUGCGGUAUUUUUAUUUCGUAUUUGUAGAAUAAUUAGUGAUAUUUGUGACUAAUUUCAGUGAUACAUUUUCAAACUGCUUUUAAAAGAGUGCAUGCCUUUGUUCAAUUCAACAACCGCCAUGAAUCGAUUGUUAUUGUCAUAUACAGGUGGGCCCCACUUAAUAUUAAUGCUGAUUCUAUACAGACAGGCAAAGUCAAAUUGAAAUGAGGUACUCCUCAAUUUGGAAUCACAAACAUUAACCCAUUUAAUGUUUUUGAAUUAUUACUACAGUAUUUCUCCAAAUAUUCAUUUAUUUAACACCGUCUCUAACCAAUUGUUACUUCAAUAUUCCAAAAUGAUGAAUAUUCUAUCUCAAUUUGGUUUGGGCUUUUUGUACGAAACGAGAUUGCCUGUAUAUCGACAAAAGUUGGAAAUGUACCUAACCGACAAAAAUGAAGGGUUCCGGCCCGUUCAUCGCGAGUGAAUUUCCGCAUUCCGACUAUUCUUUACCAUCGUAUCGUUGAUUCACAGUAUACAGUAAAGGUGUGCUAUUUGCUCAGUAUAUUUUUGUAAACACAAUUUUUAAACAAUUUAUAAAUGUAGAAAAUGGUUCACCGACUGAAUUUUGUCCCCUUUCAAUGCAAACAUGUCUAUUGCUUGUUCAGUGAACUCUCCCGAUGGAACAAAGGUAUGCACGUUGUUUAUACAAUCUACACAAUAGAAUCAGCAUGUGAAAUAAAAAUUGUAGGGCUAUUGGACUUCCACGAAAUUUUGAAAUAAAUAUCUUAAAAAUA